AUGUCAGCAUCUGGAGACCGUCGAGAAAUUGUCAUUGUUGGGGGUGGCAUAAUUGGAUGCUGUUCCGCCUACUUCCUUACAAGACACCCUUCUUAUGACCCAGCUAGACACAAAAUUACAAUCCUCGAAGCCUCCGAUAUUGCCGGUGGAGCGUCAGGAAAAGCUGGAGGGCUGCUUGCACAAUGGGCAUACCCGGACAACCUAGUGGGCCUUAGCUACCCACUCCACCAGCAGCUUGCAAAAGAACAUGAUGGCAAAAAUAGAUGGGGGUAUAGAGAAACCAAUUGUGGCCAGCUGGUCGUCCGAGGUCGCACCAUGGCAGAAAUGACCGAGAAAGACACCGGAGAUGAAAAGCAUGAGUCUCUGCAAAAGCGUAGCGCAGCCGCCAUGUCCAAGCUAAAGGCCGCAAGGAUCCCACAGGAUCUGGACUGGAUUGAGCCUGAUCUCCUACGAGCUUACGAGAAAAUGAGCGGACCAGGCGAGACGGCCCAGGUGCACCCCUACCUGUUUACUACAUCAAUGGCGAAGCUAGCCGAAGAAAAGGGCGCAGAGAUCAUCCUUGGACAUGUCACAAGCAUUGCGCGUCCAAACGACCAAAUCGAAUCAGUCUCAUAUACUGACAAAGCAACCGGAGAAUCGCACACAAUUCCCGCUACAGAUGUGAUUGUCGCGGCCGGUCCGUGGACUCAAGCUGUACUUCCAGAAGCACCUAUCACAGCGAUGCGCGCACACAGUGUUGUCAUUCGACCAACAAGACCGAUCAGUGCAUAUGCCUUGUUCACCAACAUUGAAAUUCCGGCCAACUUCAAUCCAGCCAAGAAGUCCCGGCCAACUGUAGGCGCGCCGGAGAUCUACACACGUCCCGAUGACACAGUGUACGCCUGCGGCGAUGGAGACAAGACUGUGCCGCUGCCACCGACAUCUGCUGAAGUUGAGGUGGAUUUGGAACGUUGCCAGGAGAUCAUUGACCACGUGAGUAGCAUUUCGGAUGAACUGCGGGGUGGUGAGGUCAGUGUACGCCAGGCUUGUUAUCUGCCCAACUGUGCUGGCCCCGGAGGACCAUUGGUGGGCCUCACUCAUACUAAAGGUCUCUACUUGGCAGCGGGUCACACAUGUUGGGGUAUUCAGAAUGGCCCUGGAACUGGGAAGUUGAUGAGUGAAUUUGUAUUCGAUGGUCAAGCUAAGAGUGCGAAGAUCGCGUCUCUUGAUCCUCGCGAUCAGCUCUAA